UCUGCUUCAGCACCUUGCCUGCCUGGCUGCCUGCAAUGCCCUUGGAUACUGCAGUCCCUCUCAUCUCUACACAAUUUACAUUAUUCUAAACGCGAGAAUAAUAGCUGGAAAAUACUUCAGGACAGGACGAGGGAUACUGGAUUUAUAUUACAGUGUGACGGCGUUCAGUGUCUUUAUUUAUGUAAGCCUGUAUGGUGCGAAUGGAGAGGAGGGUGCAUCGAUAAUUGAGGGAGCAGAGCAGGAAUUGCUGCCUGCUGCAGAAAACCAGACCGCUCGGUGGAUUUGGAUUUGUUGCUGGGACCAGCAGUCGGGCGCGGGGUUGCGCGUCAUAUCAAAGGAUUUCGCCAGACGGAGCGCUUCUACUUUUUGAGACCCGAGUUCUAAAAAACCGUCUUGCAUGGAUACAACAUCAUGGCUACGUUUGUAUGCAGGGUACAGUUCUUAGAUGAUACUGAUCCAUUCAACAGCACCAGUUUUCCUGAGCCGACCAGACCCCCUCAGUACACUUUCAGAGAAGAUAUCCCCCUUAUCAAUCAGAUUGCUGGAGUCCACAGGCUUCUCAAAGCCCCACACAAACUUGAUGACUGUUCCCUCCAGCUCUCCCAAAAUGGGAGCUACCUGGACUUGGAGUCUACCCUGGCAGAACAGAGAGAUGAACUCGAGGGAUUUCAGGAGGGAGGAAGAGGCAAGAAGCACAGCAUCAUCCUCCGGACACAGUUAUCUGUCAGAGUUCACGCUUGUAUCGAGAAACUCUACAACUCAAAUGGACGAGAGCUGAGGAGAGCCCUGUUUUCCCUCAAGCAGAUCUUUCAGGAUGACAAGGACCUGGUCCAUGAGUUUGUGGUGUCUGAAGGACUGACAUGUCUAAUCAAGGUUGGGGCUGAAGCGGACCAGAACUACCAGAAUUACAUCCUCAGAGCUCUGGGACAGAUCAUGCUGUAUGUGGAUGGAAUGAACGGCCUCAUAAGUCACAACGAUACCGUCCAAUGGCUUUACACACUCGUUGGAUCCAAGUUCCGUCUGGUAGUGAAGACAGCUCUGAAACUGUUACUGGUGUUUGUGGAGUACACUGAGCCCAACGCUGCCCUGCUCAUCCAGGCUGUCAACACCGUGGACACUACGGGAGGCUGUAAGCUGUGGUCCAAUGCCAUGGAGAUUCUGGAGGAGAAGGAUGGGGUGGACACAGAGCUGCUGGUAUAUGCCAUGAGCCUCAUCAACAAGACCCUAGCGGGCCUGCCUGACCAGGACUCAUUCUAUGACGUGGUGGACUGUUUGGAGGAGCAGGGUAUCGAGGCCAUGUCUCAGAGACACCGCAGUAGGAAGGGAACAGACCUGGACCUCAUGGAGCAGUUUAACAUCUACGAGACUGCUCUGCGCCACGAGGAUGGAGACGACGAGAGCCAGGCGCCUACCGUGGGUCGGAAGAACCGGCGACGUGCUAGCGUGGGGGGCACCAACGACCGGCGAGGCCUGGAGAGGAGACGCAGCCGGAGACACUCUCUCCAGAACGGGAGAGGCCCUGCCUCGGCCCCCGCUUCCCCCAGCAGCCCCCACUUUCACGGGGGACACAACGGUAGCUUCCUGCCCUUCGGAGGCCAGGGCAUCGACGACGUCAGCGAAAGCCGACACAUAGGCCACGUCAUGGCGCUCUCUGGCAGGUCCCAGGGUGUAGCCAGCUCCAGCGUCAGCGCCCCCACCACCCCUGUACACCGCACCUUCGCCACCUCAGCGGCCCCACAACUGGACUCCAAGCCUGACAGACCUUCUCUGGGGAGCUUGUUGUCCUCCUCUUACAGACAACACCAGGAGUCUCUGACUGCAGAGAGAGAGAGGAGGAGACAAGAGAGGGAGGAACGACUGCAGAAGAUCGAAAGGGAGGAGAGGAAACGCUUCAACCGGGAUUACAUGGACAAGAGGGAAGAGACCCGACAGGCCAGAGAAGAGAGAUAUAAGUGCGUUGAGAGGCUCGCAGCAGAGGAGCAUGAGAAAGAGAGAGAGCGCACGAGAGCGCCACCUAGGGGUCGCACAGAGAUCACCCUGAGCCUGAGCCCCACCCCCUCCAGUCACUCCGCCUCCCCCCGCUGUGUCACGCCCUCCUCCAUCGCCUCUCCGGAAGAGACUGGCACCACUCCAUCCCAGACAUCCCAGACGCAGGGAAGUGAAGUAGAGCCAAGCCGUGACCUUCAGACCAGAACUACAAGUCCAGUGCCAGAGUUAAUAGUAUCAGGACCUUCUCCAGAACCCACAGAGCCCCCCUCCCAAACUCACUCGGCGCCAGGCGAGGAGCAGACGGAGACAGAGACGCAGAAAGAGAAGCAGGAAGUAGCUGAAGUUGAGCCCAAGCAGGAAGUACUAGAGCUAGUGGAGUCAGCGGUAGAUGAACAGACACAGGGUAAAGAGGAGGAAGAAAGUGAGGAGGAGGAGGAGAAGGGUAAGGAGGAAGAGAGACAGUCAGGGAAUGAGGUAGAGGGAGAAGAGGUGGAGAGAGAAGAGGUUGAGGUGGUAGAGAUAGAGGAGGAGGGAGAGAGGGAGCAGGCUGCGUCGGAGGAGAGACUGGUCCUCCUCAGUGAGAAGGAGAGACAGAACGAGGAAGUGAAUGAGAAGGACAACUGUUCUGCCUCCAGUAUCUCCUCAGCCAGUAGCACUCUGGAGAGAGAGGAGAGGGAGGAGAAAGUCAACAACAACCAUGAACCAGGCCAGUGCAUUAAGGAGGACGACGUGAACGAGCAGUGCAGCAAGAUCCUCAACAGCAAGCGCUUCAUGCUGGACAUGCUCUAUGCCCAGAACAAGACCACUGGGGGCGAGGACGAAGAGAAGGCAGGAGAGACGGAACAGACUGAGAAAUGGAAAGAGGGGAUGGAGACGUCAUCACUGGAGGGUCAGGACGGGUCGUCGGUGGCCAGCCUGGCAAGUCGUAUCUCUACACUGGAGGCCAGCAGGCAGGCCUGCGGGGAGAACGUUAAGAAGAUGGAGGUCCAACACCUGGACAACCAGGGGAGCGUCAGGGCUGUGGCCGAGAAAUUUGGAGACCUGGUUAAAAGCCUUGUGUCGCCUCAUGAGCUGGAGGCAUUGGAGAAGCAGCAGCAGGGUCAGCUUCAACCUGAUAAAGACAAAGCUCCUCCGGCCCCCUCCUCCUCACCCCUACCUCCUAAGAAGGAGUCAGACUAUAUCUGGGACCAGCUGAUGGCAGCCCCCAGGGAGCUGCGUAUUAAAGAGAUGGACUUCACAGACCUGGCAGACGAGGAUGACCUGGACAUCCUAGACGUGGACAGUGUGCUGAUGGGCUCCAGUGACCUGAUGAUUCCUCCCCCUCCUCCCUGUCUCUCCACCCUGCCCCCUCCCCCUCCCCCUCCCCUGGGCCUGUUCGGCUGCCCCCCACCCCCUCCUGUCCCUGGCAUGAUGCCCCCUCCCCCGCCCUUCAUGCCCCCCGGCCCCGCCCAGCCCUACCCGGGGUCUCCCCAGCUGAGCCGAGGGACAGGGGAGCCCCCUCUGUUCCAGAAGAAGAAGAAGACUAUCCGUCUGUUCUGGAACGAGGUGAGGCCCAUGGACGGCCAGUACAGGAACCACAAGCGUUGUAGAGAGUCACUCUGGUCCAAACUGGAGCCGGUCAAAGUGGACACGUCCAAGCUGGAACACCUGUUUGAAACAAAGUCCAAGGAGCUACCUGUUACCAAGAAAACAGCAGUGGAUGGGAAACGACAAGAGAUUAUUGUCCUGGACUCCAAACGGAGCAAUGCCAUCAACAUCGGGCUGACCGUCCUCCCCCCUCCCCGCACCAUCAAGACAGCCAUCCUCAACUUUGACGAGUACGCUUUGAACAAGGAGGGGAUCGAGAAAAUCCUGACGAUGAUCCCAACGGAGGAGGAGAAGCAGAAGAUCCAGGAUGCUCAGCUGGUGAACCCUGAAGUCCCCCUGGGGUCAGCAGAACAGUUCCUCCUCACCCUGUCCUCCAUCACGGAGCUGUCCGCCCGGCUGCAGCUCUGGGCUUUCAAGAUGGACUACGAGGUCAUGGAGAAGGAAGUGGCAGAGCCGCUGCAGGACCUUAAGGAAGGGAUGGACCAACUGGAGAAGAACAAGACGCUGCAUUACAUCCUGUCCACUCUGCUGGCUAUAGGCAACUUCCUCAACGGAUCCAACGCGAAGGGCUUUGAGCUGGGUUACCUGGAGAAGGUUCCGGAGGUAAAGGACACGGUUCAUAAACAGUCUCUACUGCACCAUGCCUGUUCCAUCGUGGUGGAGAAGUUUCCAGACAGCUCAGACCUCUACUCAGAGAUAGGAGCCAUCACCCGCUCGGCUAAGGUGGACUUCGACCAGCUCCAAGACAACCUGAUCCAGAUGGAGCGACGCUGCAAAGCAUCGUGGGACCACCUCAAGGUCAUCGCCAAGCACGAGAUGAAGCCUGCGCUCAAACAGAAGAUGUCCGACUUCCUAAAGGACUGUGCAGAGAGAAUCAUCAUCCUGAAGAUCGUCCAUCGGAGAAUUAUCAACCGGUUCCAUGCCUUCCUGUUGUUCCUGGGCCAUCCAGCCUACGCUGUGCGGGAGGUCAGCAUCCACCGCUUCAGUAAGAUCCUCAGUGAGUUUGCCCUGGAGUACCGGACCACGCGGGAACGCGUCCUGCAGCAGAAACAGAAGAGGGCAAACCACAGAGAGAGGAACAAGACCAGAGGAAAGAUGAUCACAGAUAGUGAGGAUGAAGAGGACGGUGAGGAUGGAAAGUUUGGCGGUAGCGCCCCGGGGCCUGUAAGCCAGGAGGGUGUGCUGCCGCAGGGUCUGCAGUAUGCAGAGGAUGCAGCAGAGCAUGAGAACAUGAAGGCAGUGCUGAAGAGCAGCUUGCAGGGCUGCAGUGAGAGUGGAGCGUCCACCGUGCCUGGUCUACGCACACGCACCAGAGCCAGCAGACCAGGCCGUGUGGGUCCAUGGGGCUCAUCAGUGAUCGAUGACCCACCCAAUUGCACAGAGACAGACGCUGCAGACGAGAUCAUGGAGCGCAUCGUCAGGUCAGCCACUCAAGGGCCCAGGACACGGAUAGAGCCUCGGGAGAGGAAGAGGUCCAGAGCCAACCGCAAGUCACUGAGAAGAACACUGAAAACUGGUCUGACGCCAGAGGAGGCCAAUGCCUUGGGGUUGUCCAGUGGUUCAGAGAUGGCUGUGUGACAGGAAGAGAAGUAGAGCUGGAUCCAGCAGCACAGCACACACAGAGACCUGGGAAACCCUCUUACCGCCCCGCCCUUCACUGACCCCUGACCUCUAACCCCUGCUCAACCAGCCAGCCAGUCCACUGCUGCACCAUCGCUUAGCUUGGUCUUUCUCCUGGUUCAGCUUUAUGAUGACUGUAGCUCACCUUUCUGUCUGUGGUUUGUGCAGGUAGCUGUGACACAGUGUGCCACCUGGUUAAGAUGGUAGACAAUGGUCAGGAAGAGACCAUGAGGAUUAUGGUCCUCAUCCAGGAUAAUAGAUGGUUUUCAGUGGGCAAAGUGGUAUUGGUAUAGGGGCAGUUAAAGGGGUUCAGUGAUCCAGAUGACCCAGCUCCACACACACUCAGGUAGAGUUCAGCAUCCCAACCACUACACUAUGCUGCUGUGCCGACUUGAGUGUUUCAUGUUGUUCCUAUCAGUUGUUUCUCCUAACGUUUGAAUACGAGGCUGAGGUCUUUGAGGAACAUCUCCCAUCCCAAAUGUAACUCUUAAUCACUUGAUGAAGCCCACAGUGACCACAUGACUAGCGGUGAAUCUCAGUUGUAUUUCCUUGAUUCCUCGUGUCUUCUAUCCUCACCUCUGUCUAUACAAGGCAUUGGAGGACUAGAUUUGAGGUUCAUCCUCCCUAACCUUUUUCCUCAAUUGAGAUUCACCCUGUGACUGAAAGAAUCAAAUUGAGACUUACCCACACAGAAUACCUUUAGCCUCAGGACUUCUGAAGCACACAUGAGUGCUUGAAUCACUGUGGACUUGUGUCUGAACCCAAAAGGCCUCGGAGUUGAAUAGUAAAGAAGUUAGCAUUGAUGCUAAAGAAGUUAGCAUUGAUGCUAAAGACGUUAGCAUUGAUGCUAAAGACGUUAGCAUUGAUGUUAAAGACGUUAGCAUUGAUGCUAUCUAUCCCCACUAAUGAUGAGCAUUUGUUUAUAUAGAAAUGGCUGUGUCCACAGGCUGUUUUGUUCUACUA